GCCAGGAGGAGGAGGACAUCAUUGGAGCAAAAGUAGCCCGGGAAGGCGAUUAGUUAUGACGGACACCGACGAGGGGGCGCCUCCUCCUCCUGUUCUUCCUCCUCCGUUGCGGGGCUGCGCGUAGAAAUGAGGAUUCCCGUAGUGGUGGCGUGGAAGCCCGCCACAGCGGCUCAAGUGAAAGGGCAAACGCGUUGAGAUCAAAGACGGCCUAAGGAGGACCUCUCUGCAGGUUCACGCUGGCCGCUGAGGAGGAGCUUCCUGAUCCAUGGAGAAUUACUUCCAGGCCGAGGCCUUCAACCUUGACAAGGUGCUGGAUGAGUUUGAGCAGAAUGAAGAUGAAACCGACUCCCCUCUUCUCUCUGACGCCAAGUGGACCCAGAUUCUGGCCCCGCCGGCCCACCUGCUCUCGCUGAACCCCGCCCUGGCCCACGCCGACCUCAGCCCCCAGGAAAGCCCGCAGCCGCUGAAGACCCUCCCCGACGCGGACCCCAAAAGACACGUUGGCAGCGAGCCGGCCGAUGUCCACAGCCCGCCCCUGCCGCAGCCCAACAUUGGCAAACUGGUGGGUGCGGAUGAGCGAUUGCCGUCGCCCGUCACGGCCUGCGAGGAGCAGCAAGGGGACGCCUUUGCCGCGUCACGCUUCACCUUUGAGGUGGGCCUAGAGCAAGGGGGGGCUCCCUCUGAGAAGGUUAAUCUGCACGUGGAACCCGUGACAUUGAACGGAGAAGACGCUUUGCUGGAGCAGGAAAGACAAAUUGGCGAGCAAGCUGAAAGUCUUGUGAAUGGAGAGGCAAGGAGUGUUUCCUUGACUAAAAUCGUGUUCGAGCAACCUGAGAACGGGAGCCGACUAAAUGUCCAGGAAGAGGAAGAGGAGGAGAGAUUUUCUCCCUCACCCGUGCCCUCUAAAGAAGACUCUGUGACAGAAGAAAAAGAGAUGGAGGAGAGCAAGCAGGAGAUCCUCGAGGGGGUGGCGUCGGGCGGCGUUCGAAGCAAACUGAACAACAGCCGCCUGCAGCCGGUCAGCGUCCCGUAUGGCGGGGCGCGACCCAAACAGCCUGUAAGCCUCAAACUCCAAAUACCGCAGCCUGUAGCCGGAAAGGUGCAAAAUCAGCUCAGCAGCGGCAAGAAUAAAAAUCUAGACGGCCGCCGAGGGACACCACCCGAAAUGACGCCCGGCGGGACCGAGGCGACUCCGGCGGCGAACGGCAUCCCGGUCCUCCCCACUUCGCCCAUUGCGUUGUCUUCGGAGAGUCCGGACAAUGACCUCCAGGCGGGACAGCAGCAAGGUUCCCUAAGCGGGAAGUCGCCCAGUGAGCUGGGCGAGGUGCCUCCUGUGUGGGUGCCUGACUCGCAGGCCCCAAUCUGCAUGAAAUGUGACGCCAAGUUCACCUUCACCAAGCGGAGGCACCACUGCAGGGCCUGUGGCAAGGUGUUCUGUGCCACAUGUUGCAGCUUGAGAUACAAACUGGCCUACAUGGACGGGAAGGAGGCUCGCGUCUGCGUCACCUGUCAUUCAACCCUCACCUGCGCUCCGACGUCGUCGGACUCUCCGCUCAUAACGAGCAACAACCAGAGUCCCAAUCCUAACAACCCGGCGGAGUACUGCUCCACCAUCCCGCCCUUGCAGCAGGCUCAGGCUUCGGGCGUGCUCGGUUCGCCUCCGCCCACCGUCAUGGUGCCUGUGGGCGUCCUCAAGCCGUCAGGCAAUGAGGGAUCCGUCACACGGGAUCAGAGGAGGGUUUGGUUCGCCGACGGCGUCCUACCUAACGGUGACGAGGCAGAAUCCCCUAAAGCUCCCGCAACUUCUAACGUCUCGUCGCAUACGAGCAAGACCUCUGGAUCGGAACCGGUAGAGCCGGCGCCUGCCCCCGCGGGCCCUCAGGGCAGCCCCGUGGGCAGUGCCCUCAGCCUGAUCCCGGAGGACGGGCUCCCUCCCAUACUCAUCUCCACCGGAGUCAAAGGAGGUACGGGAGGCCACAUCACAGACUAUGCAGUGGAGGAGCGACCGUCAGCGGUGGUCCUCAUGCAGCAGCUGGAAGAAGGAGGCCCUGACCCGUUGGUCUUCGUCCUGAACGCCAACCUCCUCGCCAUGGUCAAGCUAGUCAACUACGUCAACAGGAAGUGCUGGUACGUCACAACGAAAGGAAUGCAUGCCGUCGGCCAGUCCGAGGUAGUGAUUCUGCUUCAGUGUCUGCCCGAUGAGAAGACCAUCCCAAAGGACCUCUUCACACACUUUGUGCAGCUCUACCAGGAAGCUCUCAGUGGCAACGUGUUAAGCCACUUGAGCCACUCCUUCUUCACGCAAAGCUUCCUGGGUAGCAAGGAGCACGGCGGCUUCCUCUACGUCAGCCCGUCCUUCCAGUCGUUGCAGGAUCUGCUGCUGCCCAACCCACCCUUCCUCUUUGGCGUUCUCAUCCAGAAGUGGGAGACGCCGUGGGCCAAGGUCUUCCCCAUCCGCCUCAUGCUGCGGCUGGGCGCCGAAUACAGAUUUUACCCGUGCCCGCUCUUCAGCGUGCGAUUCCGGAAGCCGCUUUUUGGCGAGACCGGUCACACCAUCAUGAAUCUGCUGGCGGACUUCCGCAACUACCAGUAUGCGUUGCCGGUGGUGAAAGGUUUGGUGGUGGACAUGGAGGUGAAGAAGACAAGCAUAAAAAUCCCCAGUAACCGCUACAAUGAGCUGAUGAAAGCCAUGAACAAGUCCAACGAGCACGUGUUGGCCAUGGGCGCGUGCUUCAACGAGUGCGCCGACUCGCACUUGGUGUGCGUGCAGAAUGACGACGGCAACUACCAGACGCAGGCCAUCAGCAUCCAUCACCAGCCGCGCAAAGAAACUGGCAAACGGAGGUCGGACGAGACGGCGGGUGCAUGUGGAUACGUUACGGGGGCUUGUUUCUUCGUGUUCAGCGGUGCGCUCAAGGCUUCGUCGGGCUUCUUGGCCAAAACCAGCAUUGUGGAAGACGGCGUGAUGAUCCAGAUCACGGCCGAGACCAUGGACGCUCUACGGCAAGCGCUGCGGGACAUGAAGGACUUUACCAUCACGUGCGGGAAAGCCGAACAGGAAGGGAACCUGGAGACGGUCAACAUCCAGUGGACGGACGACGACCACGACUUCAACAAGGGCGUCAUCAGUCCAAUUGACGGUAAAUCCAUGGAAUCUAUUGGUAGUGUGAAAAUCUUCCACGGCUCUGAGUUCAAAGCUAACGGCAAAGUGAUCCGCUGGACGGAGGUGUUUUUCCUUCAAAGUGACGACCAGCCCAACGGCUUUGGCGACCCGGCCGACCACAGCCGCCUGACGGAAAACGUCGCGCGGGCCUUCUGCAUGGCGCUGUGUCCGCACCUCAAGCUGCUCAAGGAGGACGGCAUGGCCAAGCUGGGCCUGCGUGUCACGCUGGACUCGGACCAGGUGGGCUACCUAGCAGGCAGCAACGGUCAGCCUCUUCCACCGGCGUACUUAAGCGACCUAGACAGCGCUCUCAUCCCCGUCAUCCACGGCGGCGCCUGCCAGCUGAGCGAAGGCCCGGUCGUCAUGGAGCUGGUCUUCUACAUCCUGGAGAUCAUCUCUUGAGAACACACAGCAUAUUUUCCAAACGUGAGAUGACACGGUGACGUCAUGUAGCCCCAAAGACUUAACAACCAAGCGCUCGGACCUCACUGACUACAACGGAUGCACCAGAUGCCCUUUUCCCCCCUCUUUUUUAAAUCUAUUUUUUUCUCCUGCACCUGGUGCUCAGUGCCUGCUUUUUCAGUUGAUUUCAUUGCCGAAGCUUUACUCCUCAAUCACCACAUACGUUGACUAUAUUUUUUUGUGUGCGUUGGCGGACGAAGCAGAGGUGACACAAAAAGCAAGAUCAAUGCUGAUGAUUAGACUACUGGUUGUUGUCAUGCUUUAUUACUCAUCAGCCGUUUGAAGCAGGAAAAGUGAGACAAACACUGUUUUGCUGUUUUAAUCAUAAAGAUGUAAAAAUACUAAAUUCUAUACAUAUAUCUAUAUAUUAAAAAAGAAAUAAAAAUGCAGAAACAGUGCACUGGAUUCAAAGCCAUCUCCAGGAGUGUUUGUGAAGACGUUAGUCCGAUUUACGUCACGAACGUGGCUGGAAUGACCUGAGAAUGUAUUCUCCCCCUUAUGUUUCCGUACAUUUUCCAUCUUCUUAUUACUCCCGGUGAAAGUGUUAUUAAAGCCUAACAAACUGUUAGUAGAAUCUCCUCCCACCAAAAGAUUUGGGUGCUUUCUCACCUUUGUUGUAGCAAAUUAACUCAUACUUUGUUUACUCAAAUCGUCACAAAUUAGCAUUAGCAUGUAGCUUUUUUUUUGUCUGCAUGUCCACGCAAGUCAUGAAGAGUGGAAAGUCAGCUUUGCAGUUGCAUUAUAUUCAGAAUUAUUUUUCUAUGAUAAAAAAAAAAGUGCAUUAAUAAAAGUUCAAAUCUCUGUAUACCCUUUCCCUUCACAAAAUAAAAGUAUAAAUAUUACCCACAGCAAAAACAAGAAGUAUACGUCAAAUAAAUGCAAACAUUGAAACGUGUUUUUAAUUUUUUCACCAGUUGAAGAAAAACCUCAAACAACAACAAAAAAAAUACAAUCAUUGAAGUGUAGACACUACAAAAUAUUUACCCUUUAUAGGGCAUUGAUUUAACAGUAUACUCAUUUUUAAAAAAAAUAGUUUUUAUUUAAUAUUUUUGUAACAUUAAAACGUUUUUUUUUUUUAUUUAAUUAAAAAUAGCUUGAAUACAAAUGCUUUCUUUACUGAAAAUGUUUAUUUUUUAAUGGUAAAACAAGGGAAUUAUUAAAAAUGUUGGUAUUAAUGCUAUUUUAUUUACUAUGUUACUUUACAGUGUAAUUGGAGGUUCCUUACCAGAGUGUAUUUGUUUUCAUUCAUGGUAAAUAGUGUUUGUUUACAUUUUAUUCAUUCAUAACUGGAAAAAAAAACAAAAAAUGAUUAUACACUUCUGGCCAAAAGUAUUUGCACCCUUGCAAUUCUAUCAGAUAACGCUAAAUUUCUCCCAGAAAAUGAUUGCAAUUACAAAUGCUUUUGUUGUAAUAUCUUCAUUGAUUUUGUUUGCAUUGAAAAAAUGGGGAAAAAAAUUAAAUAAUGAUCAUUUUACACAAAACUCCAAAAAUGGGCCAUACGAAAGUAUUGGCACCCUUUGAAAAAUCAUGUGAUGCUUCUCUAGUUUGUGUAAUUAACAGCACCUGUUACUUAUCUGUGGCACAUAACAGGUGGUGACAAUAACUAAAUCACACUUGCAGCCAGUUAAAAUGGAUUAAAGUUGACUCAAACUCUGUCCUGUGUCCUUGUGUGUACCACAUUGAGCAUGGAGAAAAGAAGACCAAAAAAACUGAAGACUUAAAAAAGCAACAUUGCGAGGAAGCAUGGGCAUUCUCAAGGCUACAAGUCCAUCUCCCAAGACCUGAAUGUUCCUGUGUCUACCGUGCGCAGUGUCAUCAAUAAGCGUUAAGCCCAUGGCACUGGGGCUACCCUCCCUCGAUGUGGGCUGAAAAGAAAAAGAGAUUUCAACGAAACAUUGUGCAGAUGGUGGCUAAAGAACCUCGACUAACAUCCAAACAAGUUCAAGCUGUCCCACAGUCCGAGGAUACAACCGUGUCAACCGUACUAUUCGUCGGCGUCUGAAUGAAAAGGGACUCUAUGGUAGGAUACUCAGGAAGACGCCACUUCUGACCCAGAGAAAUAAAAAAGCCAGGUUGGAGUUUGCCAAAACCUACCUGAGAAAGCCAAAAACUUUUUGGAAGAAUGUUCUCUGGUCAGAUGAGGCAAAAGUAGAGAUUUGGGGUAAAAAGCAUCGACAUACAGUAGAGUUUCCAGGGGAAAACAUAAGGCCUUUAAA